UCCCAAACAUUGUCCCAUGUUCCCAAGCGACCUCCGCCAUUCCUGGCCGUUGGUCUCUGGACUGCAGCGCAGCGGAGAGGAGCACCCUGGUCUGUCCAGUACAGUACACGACUCCGUGCCUGCCGGUUCUCCAAGCUUCCCCAUGGCAGUGCAAGCGCCAUCCAUUUCUGUCCGUUGUUCCCAAGGUUUCUCGAGCAGCCCUCGAGCAGCCCUCGAGCAGACCUCGAGUUCCUUUCCGCGAGAAAUCCGCAGAGGAUUUCGUUGCUAAGCGGUCGUGCAAUCGGCUUGCUUUCCGUUGACUUUGCAAAGAAACGGCGAGCUCAGCUGUGGCUUUGCGAUCUACGGGUUGUCGUCGUGUGGGUUCACACGUCUUCAUCCGCACUUCGCUGCUCAUGAGCCGAAGCUCCGACCCAUCUGACGCCGUCCGACGAAUCAGUCGCCACUCUCAGACGUCGCUUCACCGACCUUCUGCCUUACCCAGCUGCGUCCUUCCCGCGUUAGACGACACCCCACGCAUUUGUACCGUCGGUAACCGAGAAUAUCCACUAGCAUCUAAAUUACGUGCAGCGACCGCGGCACAAUGCUGUCUCUCGGUCGAACAUUCAGUGAGACGGUAGUAGUAGAGCACACGACGCCGCUGCUACCGCGCCGCUCAUCCUCGUUCAAGUCGCUCAGCGAAGCCCACUCGCUGCGAUCCCUUCCGGGAAACACGUUCCUCAGAGUCCUCGCCUCGGUGGUAGUCGUUUUCGGCGCGUUAUCCCCCAUCUUUUGGCUCGAUUCCUCCAUAUUCACAUCUGUUAUAGUGCCAUUCGCUACUAGAACAGGCCCGGGCGAACAAUCUUCGUAUAUCGAGGAUGUCAUUCCCCCAGAGCGCCGAAACGGGAAGAUAGCCUUUUUGUUCUUGACACGUGGCCCGAUCCCAUUCGCUCCGCUGUGGGAGAGGUUCUUCCUGGGGCACGAGGGGCGGUACUCCGUCUACGUGCAUGCAUCCAACACCUCCUUCGCCUUCCCCGCCGAUUCGUCCGCCGUCUUCCGCGACAGACUCAUUCCGGGGGGCGAGGUGCGUUGGGGCGGCAUCAGCAUGGUGGACGCGGAGCGGCGGCUGCUGGCAGCAGCUUUGGAGGAUCCCAGCAAUGAGCACUUCGCGCUGCUCUCCGAAAGCUGCAUCCCGCUGUGGCCGUUUGACUUCGUUCACCGCUACGUCUCCUCCACCCACGUCAGCUUCGUCGAUGCGUGAGUCUCUGGUCCUCACUCAAA